AUGUCACUACCAGUCAGACAACCACAAACUGCUGACUUCACUUCUACCGAGACAGCAUCCGUGACAACCACGGAAACCUCGACAACGACCGUCGACGUGACUGAAGUAGCAACAAUUACCUCGACAUCUUCAAUCACUGUCACUACUACAGCACCUGUCACCAUGGAAACCACUAUUUUGAAUACAGUGGAUGUGACCAGCACCGCCUUUACCACCUCAAUCGUUGACUUGACCAUCACUCAAACAAUUUCAACAACUAAAACUAUAGCUGCUACGGUCACCUCAACUGCCACCAGUUCGCCAACCUGCGGUGUGAACCUCGUUUCUAACCCCAGUUUCAGUGGCGCGACUCUCUCCCCUUGGACCUGGAGUGGCACCAAUGGCGGAAGAUAUAGCUUUGUUGCCGAGGGUACCACCUAUGCAAUCAAUCUCUAUGGAACUGGAUGCUCAUCAGCCAUUACUCAAACAUUGGCUACAGUCACCGGAGAAACAUACACAUUCAGCAUGCACUAUUACUUGAUAAUUGGAGUGACUCCAAACACCCUCGUGUGUAGUUUCGACAAUUCCGAUGGAACGUCCUACUCUAUGGAACCGGCGCUAAAAAUGUUUGGAAAACGUUCACGUCCACAUUCAUCGCAUCCUCAUCUUCCACCACUCUCAAAUGUGAAUUAG